UACACCCUGCUAAGCCAGAACCUGCAGCCCUCCGGAGGCAGCCACAGGCCGGCCCAGCAGCGCUGCCUGUGCCACCAGCGCCGCACCGUGCGGCUCCGCACGCCCCACGUCACCUGCCGAGCAGCCUCCAACGUGCUGAUCAAAACCAUCGACUUCAUGAGAUACGUCCCUGCCUUCCGCGACCUGCCACGGGAGGAUCAGCUCCUGCUGCUGGAAAGCUGCUGGGUUCCUCUCUUCCUGCUGGGGCUGGUGCAGGAGAUGGUGACCUUCGAGGUGAUGGAGAACCCAGCGCCCAGCAUGCUUAAGAAAAUCCUCCUCAACAGGCAAAGCAAAGGGCAGGAGCCUGAGAGGACACAGCCCACGGUGGCGGCUGUGCAGAGGCUGCAGCGCUGCCUCAACACCUUCUGGAGCAUGGACCUGAGCCCCAGGGAAUAUGCCUACCUGAGGGGAGCCGUUCUCUUCAAUCCAGACAUCCCUGGGCUGAGUGAUUCCCCCCACAUCGACAGCCUCCGACGGGAAGCCCAGAGAGCUCUCCAGAGUGUCCUUCAGCCACUGCACCCUGAGGACCAAGGCCGCUUUUACCACAUUUUGCAGAUUGCUUCCACCUUGAAAUCCAUCCCUCCUGCCCUCAUCACAGACCUCUUCUUCCGACCCCUCAUUGGCGACGCAGACAUGAUGGAGCUGCUCGAGAAGAUGCUGUACAAGAUCACAGGCAUGACACAGGCUCCUGAGCUGUGUGUGCCCUGUGGAGGUCCCAUGAACCCUGGGGUGCUCCCCAUGCCUCACCUGGAAGCACAGCAGAGCCAGGAGCAGGGAUUUAGGCUCUGGACUCUGCAGGAACUGUGUUAG